UUCAAGUUACAUAACCUACUUACCUGCUAUGUGUUUUACUCUCUGCCACUUGGAUGAGACCACUGAACACUUGCUACCUGUGGACACAGGUUAUAAACAGAACAAUGAACUGCAGGGUUUUACUGGCUAUUUUAUGUCUUAUAACUGCCAAAAGUGCUGCACAAGUAACCACGUCUUCCACCAGUUCAGCACCCAUGACAGCUGCAAGCACAUUAAGCACAACUUCAGAGCCUGAAAUUGCAACUGCAGUUUUUGACUUGACCUUCAGCAUUAAAGAAACCUUUGAUCCUGCUCUGGCCAUUAGCAACUCCCCAAAGUUUUUAGAAAAAGCUAAAAAUAUCCGUAGUCAGGUUGAACCUUUGUACUCUAAAUCCUUUAAAAACUUCAUGCGCAUGGAAAUUGUACAAUUCAGAAGUGGUUUUGUGGUAGACAGUAGUGUCUACUUUAGUUCUAGUGGUCCAAAUGUUACUGCAUCCGACGUGAAGAAGACUCUCCUCAAUGGACUGAGCAGCUUGGAUUUUCCCGUUAUUUCAGCCUCAAUAAGUGCCAUUCAGGUUCUUGGUUCAGGUUCUGCAGGUAAUUCCAUGCCACCAGUGAUCGCCAGCUCACUUUCCCUGAUCUGGAUGUCUCUUCUAUCACUUCUACUUUCACUAGCAUUGCAUUUCUAACUUUAGACCUUAUCAUGAAACAUAAAUAUAUGAUUUUUUCUGUAAU